AUGGGGGACGAGGGAACUGGUUUAUCGGAUCCAUCCAACGGAGAUGCGUAUCGUAAGCGUCGCGACUCGUACAGCGCGGCGAUAGACGAGCCAUCAGGAUUCGGUCGUCGCGCGGUGCCGCCGAUAAAGUCUCAGCGAACGAAACUCGGGGACAAUUCGAGCCUCGAGUCCGAGACCUGGUCCACGGAGAGCUCGAUGCUGAAACGAGACCUGACCAGGACCUCGUCGACGGACACCAGCAGAUCCUGGAACGACAGCGUCGAGAUACCGGAGGAACUGUUGGCCAGACUGACCAGGUGCCGUUCCGUUCUAACGGCCAAGUUCUCCGUCUCGUCCGAGUGUCAGUGUCAGUGUCAGUGUCGGUGCAGCCAGUGCCAAUACUAUCGCCGUAAGAUCUCUAGCUGCUCGAGCAAGGAUCACUCGAUCCUCGGCGGUUUCAAGAGGAAGGACUCCGGGUACUCGGUGUCCACCUGCCAGAGCAUUCUGCCGGCGUCUUCCGGCAGGAAUUCGGUCGCCAGUCUGUUCCAGGAGAUCAAGGAGGAUCGCGGCAACGAUCCCCGGGAGAGGAUCGCCGGGGUGAUCCAGCGUCGGCACUCGGAUCAAACGCAGGCGCCACGCGGCUGCAAGAUCCCCGGCAUCGAUAACCGCAGACACUCGGAGCAAACGCUCGCCAGAGACGCCACCGGCUGCGCCCGAGGUGCCGGCGGCGUCGACGCGACCACGACGAAACGAAUCGUCGCGAGAACCAGUCCGCGGUUUUUUCCGGGGAAGGUCACCGGCUCCGGUACCAACGAGUCCUGGCCGUCUUUGCAUAAUGAAAGUCACGGGACCGAUCCGGCCAGGGAACCCCCGACCGACAGACGUUUCGCCCAGCAACCGAAAAAGGAGAGAAGAGAGAACGCGGAUAGUCCCGGCGAGCGUCGAAGGAGCAGCGUCGCCAUCACGCCCAAGAUGAUGAGGAGACGGUUUUCCGAGCAGCUGAUCCUCGAGGGUGGCCUGGGCAGCGUUCACGAUUACGAGGAUCUGGUGGAAGAGCCGGAAGAGGGUGCCGAGGAGGAGUCUCUCACCGCGAUAAACGCUCGAAAGAGAAUCACCUUGAAGAGACAUUACUAUCCGGAGGGUGGAUGGGGACACGUGAUCGUGCUGGUCGUCGUUCUCGUACAACUGAUCUGUCACGGUGUCCAGCUUGGCUCGGGAGUACUUCUCGCUCCCGCUUCGGAACGAUUUCACGAGGGUGUUGCUCAUGCAGGAUGGUUAGGUGCAAUGUCGACGGGGGUGGCUUUGCUGGUUUCACCUGUAACAAUAGCGUUUUGUCGGAGGAAGAGCACUAGACUCACGGCCGUUUUGGGUGGCCUCGUUACUGCACUCGGUUGUCUCUUCACUUCGUUCGCCUCGCAAUUCCACCAGUUGUUUUUCAGCUACGGCACCGUCGUUGGAAUAGGCGUCGGAAUAACGAGAGAUUGCAGCACGCUGAUGGUGGCGCAAUAUUUCAAGAGAAGAAGAGAGCUGGUCGAGAUUUUCAUUGUGUCCGGAAGUGGCCUUGGUAUUGCUGUAAUGUCGGCUUUUAUAAAAGGAGCGAUUAGCAAAAUAGGUUGGCGUCUGGGUCUUCAGGCGGUGACCGGCGUAGUUUUUCUCACUUUUAUCUUGGGCACUUUUUAUCGAAGCGCGUCCCUCUACCAUCCGCAGCGCAGAGCGAUCUUGCAUCUAAAAAACCAAAAGCGUAAGAUCAAGGAUAAAAAUAAGACGGACGACAGGCCGCCGUUCUUCGACUUCAGCACGCUGAAAAGCAAAACGGUCAGGAUACUGUUGGUGUCCACCGGGAUAUCCGCCUUCGGGAUCAACACUCCGAUUUUUUAUUUGGCCCAUCAAGCCGAGGAGGAGGGUCUGGGCGACACGGUGAUCCUGCUCCAGGCGUACUUGGGCUUGGCCUGGACCGUUGGCUGCGUAGCCUUUGGACUCCUGGUGGUGCAUCGGAGCGUGGAGUGCAGGAUAGCGCGACAGUAUCUGACGCAGGCAGCAGUGUUCGUAUGCGGACUCUGCAUCCUGGCCCUCACCGCCGUUCGAGGGAAUUACCACGGAUACGUCAUGUUUGCGUGGAUUUAUGGUAUCUUCUGCGGCGGUUACCACUACAGCCUGAAAAUGUACACAUACGAGAGAGUGAGAGCGAGGAACUUCGCGAGAACUUGGGGUUUCGUGCAGUGUUCCCAAGCCAUACCGAUCGCGAUCGGAGUUCCGAUUUCUGGAUACAUAAACGUCGGUUACGGUGGAAAGGCCGGAUACUAUUUCAGCUCGACCUGCGUCCUCGUCGGCAGUUUCACCCUCUUCUUCAUAGAUCUCCAUAGAAGGAACUUAUCGAGACACAAGCACACAAGGUCUAACGGAACCAAGCAUCUCUGUAUAUCGGACGCUUGUCCACAACGCCGCAGAUUAUCGUUCAGUCAAGAACCGGAAAACGAUGGUCCACACGUCGCAGCUGCCGGGGCUGCUGCAGCUGCGCUUGUCCUUGGAACCGAAAUUUCACCUCCUACAGGUGAGAUGAUCGACGCGAUUGCCACGGAGAAACCCGAGCUGACCUGUAUCUCCGAGGAGGGAAUCGCCGACAUGGAUCUCCCGGACAACGUGCUCGAGGACCUCGAUUAUAUCGGUGACUGCAUAUCCUCGUGCAACAAGGUCGAGAACUAUCUGAUGCUCUCGGAGUUCGAGAACAAUCUGAUCGCCGAGAUGCCGAUCAUCACCGAUCGUCGAGGUCGAAGGUGGUCCCUGGCGCGUUCCAAGAGCAGCCGUACGAACUUUGAACGACCGAUGCCCGUUCAACCGUCGAUCGAAGAAACCAAUUCCAAACCGAAAUGGCACGUCACGAAUGUGCCUCCUAGUAAUAGGGUGAUCACAGUGAUCGACGAAGCCAGCGCGUAACACGAUCCUGGGAUCGCGAUGGAAAGGUGAACCCAAAUGAUCUAUCGUAACUCGCGGAAGGUGUAUUUUUCUCGAUGUAUAGUUUGACAAAUUCUAUCAGAUCCCCGCGGGUAUGACCGAAUAGAUCCGUGGAUGUUCAAAGCAAGACACGAAUCGUUAUAUUUAGGGGUUGAGACAACUCUCUGAAAAGCUCGAAUUUCGUUACUUCUAUUGAUAAAACAAUCAAUUUGAACGCAGUUGAAAAAUUGUGUUUAUUAAAAUUCAUAAUAUAAUUUGGAUGGCAGGUCAACAUUUCGUUUUUACCGGCUCGAUAAUUAUAAACAGAAUUUUUUAGGAACAAUUCACUAUGAAAAAGAAACAUUAAAUUCUGUAACUUACACGUAAAAUUAUUCGUUCAAAACGUUCAUCAAACUGU